GAUGGGGCCACAGUGUCUCCUGACCCCUCCUGUCUCAGCCUCCAGUAUUUAUGCUGCAGUAGUUUAUGUGUCGGGGGGCCAGGGUCAGUCUGUUAUAUCUGGAGUAUUUCUCCAGUGUCCUAUGUGAAUUUAAGUAUGCACUCUUUCUUUCUUUCUUUCUUUCUUUCUUUCUUUCUUUCUUUCUUUCUCUCUCUCUCUCUCUCGGGGGACCUGAGCCCUAGGACCAUGCCUCAGGACUACCUGGCAUGAUGACUCCUUGCUGUCCCCAGUUCACCUGGCCGUGAUGCUGCUCCAGUUUCAACUGUUCUGCCUGCCGCUAUGGAACCCUGACCUGUUCACCGAACGUGCUACCUGUCCCAGACCUGCUGUUUUCAACUCUCUAGAGCAGUGGUCACCAAACUACGGCCCGCGGGCCGGAUACGGCCCGUCAGCACAUUUGGCCCGGCCCUCUGAACAAUACCAGAGACGCUAUCGAAUUUUUUUCCUAUUUGGCCUCCAGAAAAAAAAUCCUAGGCCCGGCCCUGUCAAAGAGAGAACGGAAUAAUGGCGAAAAGGUUAGGUAAGAGAAAAAUUGAUUCAGAAUGCAGGGUAUUUAACCUGCGAGCAGACAAACUCUCAAAGCUAAAAAGUGGACUACUAUUCUCAGCAGAAUACAUUUGUACGCCAAGCUCAGCUGAACCAGGCAUCCGUUCGGGCCAGCUUUCGGGUUGCUAAACUGAUAGCAAGAAGCGGUAAGCCUUUCACUGACGGAGAGUUUGUUAAGAAAUGUAUGGAUGCUGUCGCGGAGGAGGUGUGUCCCGAGAAGAAAGAUGCAUUUAAUGCCGUAAGUCUGUCGGCGAGUACAAUCACCAGACGCGUUGAAGAAAUCGGGAGUAAUGUAUAUGCCCAGCUGCAGCAGAAGACGAAAGAAUUUGACUUUUUUUCAUUAGCACUGGAUGAGAGCACGGACUUGCAAGACACAGCGCAACUGCUCAUUUUUAUUCGUGGAGUUAGCGCAAACUUUGAGAUAUGCGAGGAGCUGGCAGCCCUCCAAAGUCUCAAAGGGACUACAACGGGAGAGGAUAUUUUUGACAAAGUGUGCCAAACCAUGGAGAAGUUGACCUGGACUGGUCAAAGCUAGCUAGCAUCACGACUGACGGGGCUCCUAGCAUGGUGGGCGAAACUCGCGGUCUAAUAGGACGCAUGAACCGGGAGUUGGAAAAAAGGGGUCUCACCGCCCCGCUACGAGUCCACUGCCUAAUUCACCAGCAAGCACUGUGCUGCAAAGUGUUGAAGUGGGAUUCUGUAAUGAAGGUUGUGGUGUCGUGCAUAAACUUCAUCAGAGCAAAGGGACUUAAACACAGGCAGUUCCAAGAAUUCCUGUCUGAACUGGAGUCUACGCACGGAGAUGUGCUGUACUACACAGAGGUCCGAUGGCUGAGCCGGGGCAGAGUUUUGAGGCGUUUUUACGAGCUGCUACCUGAAAUUAACGCAUUUCUUCAUUUAAAAGACAAAACGGUCCCAGAGCUGAUCGACCCAGAAUGGAAAUGGCACCUCGCAUUUUUAACAGACGUGACAGAAAUACUUAACAGCCUUAACUUGCAGCUACAAGGCGAGGGGAAACUCAUUUGCGACAUGUAUUCACACAUAAAAGCAUUUGAGGUGAAAUUAGCGCUGCUUUUGGAACAAGUGAAAAAGCGCAACUUCGUCCAUCUUCCUGCUACCCAAAAGCUGUCGACAGAGAACCCAGCGGUCCAGUUCCCAGCUGAAAAGUGCGUGGAAGCACUGGAAAUGCUGAAGGCGGAGUUCGGUGUGCGAUUCAGUGAACUACAUGUUCAUGCAAAAGAAAUCCGUCUUUUUCAGAACCCCUUUGUUGCCGACAUCGAUGAAGCCCAGCCUUCAUAUCAGUUUGAGUUGGCUGAGUUACAGAACUGUGAUGUUCUGAAAGACGCAUUCAAGCCCAACAGUCUCAUUGACUUCUAUGCCGCCCUCCCAAACGACACAUAUCCAAACAUCAAAAAACACGCAAUGAAAAUGUCCACAGUUUUUGGCAGCACGUAUAUCUGCGAGAAAACCUUUUCUCGCAUGAAACUGCUGAAAACCCCGAUGAGAUCAAGAGUGACAGAUGAACAUUUGAGACUGGCUGUAACUAGAAUGGAACCUGAUAUUCAACUUCUCACCAGCCAGAUGCAGGCCCACAGUUCACACUGAUGAACAUACAUAGGGAAGUUGAUGAGAGAGAGCUGCAAACAGCGGUGUCUACAAGCCUACUGGAACCUACAAAAGGAUUAUAAGGAAGGAACACAAGAACUUUAAGAGACUGCUCAUAUGUGUCAGAGAGAUUCUGCUCUGACAACUGAGCUGAACUUUUAUCUGUUAAGAUUGUGCAUGGCACGACAGAAAGUUAAUGUUCCAUGGCUUUUUUUUCUAUGAAGAACCCAGAGAGAGUUAUUUAAUUAUUAUUUAUUUCCUGUUUUUUCUGUGAAGAACUCAGAGAGGGUUAUUUAGUUAUUAUUUAUUUCAUUAAUAGUGUUAUUAUUUGUUUCCUGACUUUUUUCUGUAAAGAACCUGGAAAGGGUUAUUUGGUUAUGUGUGGCUUUCUGGAAAACAAUAAAUUUUUUAAGCUCC